GUGGAAAGUGCUGCUCUGCGAGUUUGCCCUUCCCUGGGAGACUUUGCUCAGGGCUGCAGCCAUUGCAUUGCUGGCUGAUGGCAGCUCUGAGGCUGUACAGACACCUCCUGCGGCCGCCCCAGUGCUGCAGGUUCAGUAGCAGGGCUGCCCAGGCCUUCCCUGUCCUCAGAGGGGACAUCCUGCCCAUCCACAGACAUGUCUAUGAGGCCAAUUCCAGGAACAGUGACCGCUGCAGGGAAAGGUACCUGGAGCUCACGGAGAAGGUGAAGUUGGGAGGAGGCGAGAACGCCAUCUUGCGCCAUACACAGAGGAACAAAAAGCUGCUGGUGCGGGAAAGGUUAAAGCUGCUUUUGGACGAUGAAAACUUCCUUGAAUUAUCUCCGUUAGUGGGUCUUGGUCUGUCGUACGGUGAUGUGCCUUCUGCCGGAUGCCUAGCUGGUAUCGGGAAGGUCUGUGGUAUUUGGUGCAUGGUCAUCGCUAAUGAUGCCACUGUAAAAGGAGGAACCGCCUAUCCGAUCUCGGUGAAGAAGCAGCUGAGGAUGCAGGAGAUCGCUCUGCAGAACAGGCUGCCCACCAUCUACCUGGUGGACAGCGGAGGAGCCUUUCUGCCUCUGCAGGCUGAGCUGUUCCCAGACAAGGAGCACGGUGGAAGGACGUUUUACAAUGAAGCCAUAAUGUCAGCCCUGAAGAUCCCACAGGUGGCGGUAGUGUGCGGCUCGUGUACAGCUGGCGGGGCGUACAUCCCAACCAUGGCAGAAGAGACCAUCAUGGUGGACAGGAUUGGAACUAUAUUUUUAGCAGGACCCCCACUCGUUAAGGCUGCCACAGGGGAGGAGGUAUCGGCUGAAGACCUUGGCGGAGCCAAACUUCACUCCAGAGUCAGCGGUUGUGUCGAUCAUUUUGCAGCUACAGAACAGGAAGCGUACAGCUGCGCCCGACUCAUCAUUUCUACCCUAAACUUUGAUCCGCCACCCGACGGCUGUGCCAACUUCGAAGAUCCCCUUUAUGACACACGUGAAUUAGCGGGGCUCGCACCGAGGGACUACAGCUGCACCCUGGACAUAAAACUGAUUCUGAGUCGCCUUGUAGACGGCAGUAAAUUCCUAGAAUUCAAAGCCGAUUAUGGAACAACACUGGUGACCGGAUUUGCUGCCAUUCAAGGAUAUUUGGUUGGAAUUGUAGCUAGCAAUGGUGCACUUACCCAUGAUGCCGCACUCAAAGGAAGCCAUUUUGUACAGAUCUGUAACCAGCGUAACAUCCCUCUACUUUUUCUUCAAAAUACAACUUCUCAGGAACCCCUUCCACCGAGUCUGUCAAAGGCAGAAGUUUUGACGAACAGGCUGAAGGCUCAAGCCUCUAUGAUGGCUUCUGUAGCUUGUGCCUCUGUGCCAAAGAUUACACUGGUGGUUGGUGGAUGCCACGGAGGAGAGAGCUUUGCCAUGUGCGGGAGAUCAUUUGAGCCAAACUUUUUCUUCCUUUGGCCGAAUGCAAGAAUCGGUCUUGUAGAUCCAAACUGUGCUCCACCUAGCAGACCGGAGGAGGGGGAUAGGUCAGAAGAUGAAGAAGAAUUCACUGCUUUGCUGACCAGACUAAAGGAAGAAAGUUCAGCAUUUUACUCUUCGGCCAGACUAUGGGAUGAUGGAGUUAUCCUUCCUGAAGACACCCGACAAGUUCUCAGCAAGUGCUUUCGAAUUAUUAAUCAAAGGAAGUAUGAAGGGGCCGCCCUCCGUUCGUCUCCAGUGCUGAGAAUGUGAUACACUUCUCUUGUAAUUCAGGGAUCUUUAUAAAUUGUGUACAUAUUCUAUAAAAAAAGUGUUUUCUAAACUAA